CGAAGAAGAAGAAGCAGAAAAAAAACAAAAACGACAGCAGCAGCAGCAGCAGCAGCCGCCGCCGCCGCCGCCGAUGAGACCAGCCAAGGAAGAAAAAGUAUUCUACCACUGGUGAGGUCUCUUCUUCCUCUGGCUCAUCUGCCUGCCUGACCUGAACUCGCCCCCAUCUAGCUCAGCCUCACCCAGCCCUCACCCUCACCCUAAACCAAGCCUUAGCCUAAAGCCAACCGCACUUCCUCCCUCUUCUCCCAGCUUCUUCUACUUCUUUCUCCCAAUUUUUAACACUGCACCAUGGCAGGGCGAGGUGGACCAGCACGGACCAACGGCACUGCAGCAAGCAACAAGAUCUGCCAGUUUAAGCUAGUGCUGUUGGGGGAAUCAGCGGUGGGAAAGUCCAGCUUGGUGUUGCGCUUUGUCAAAGGCCAGUUCCAUGAGUACCAGGAGAGCACCAUUGGAGCUGCCUUUCUCACACAGACGGUAUGUUUGGAUGAUACAACAGUCAAGUUUGAGAUCUGGGACACUGCAGGACAGGAACGGUAUCACAGCUUGGCACCUAUGUACUACAGGGGAGCCCAGGCCGCCAUCGUGGUCUACGAUAUCACCAACACAGAUACAUUCACGCGUGCAAAGAACUGGGUGAAGGAGCUCCAGCGACAAGCCAGCCCGAACAUUGUUAUUGCACUGGCAGGGAACAAAGCAGACCUGGCCAACAAGAGAGCUGUAGAUUUCCAGGACGCACAAGCAUAUGCAGAUGACAACAGUUUGCUCUUCAUGGAGACCUCAGCCAAGACUGCUAUGAAUGUCAAUGAGAUUUUUAUGGCUAUAGCCAAGAAGCUUCCUAAGAACGAGCCUCAGGGUGGAGCGGGCGCUGGUGGAAGAGCCAGGGUCGGCGUGGACCUGCAGGAAGCUGCACCACAUGGCAGAAGUAGCCAGUGCUGUGGGGGCGGGAACUAACCAACACAAUGAGUCAGCUGAUCCAACCAAUCUACAGCUUUGAUCAACCAGACCAGAUGUUAGCCAACUGUCAAACAAUCUCCCAUUGGUCAAACCAAACCAUGGUCCGACCAACUACCCUAUCAGCACCAAUUAACUGUUUGGUAAAUGAGUCCACUGGCCAGUAGACUGCCAGACCCCACUGAUGGUUCCAACUGAUGAACCAACCAACAGACCAAGAAAUCAACCAACAGGCUUAUUUACAGAAUCAUGUUGUAACCCCAGGACUUGCCAAUCCAUGACCUCUCUAUUGAUGAUGGACACUUGACGUCACCUUAUGGGAAAAAAUGUCCCACUCUUGGAGGAGAGAGAGAAAAAAAAAAAAAAAAAAAAAAAAAAA